AUGACCUCCUCCCUCAGAAAUUCGUUGCAUAGGCGAAAUCAUAAAGAGCGCUCGCAGCUCUCUCAUCGCGCAAAAUUUGGCAUUUUAGAAAAGCACAAGGACUAUGUCCAACGUGCACGGGAUUAUCACUCCAAGCAGGAUCGUAUAACGCGCCUGAGGCAGAAGGCAGCGGAUAGGAAUAAGGAUGAGUUCUACUUUGGGAUGAUCAAGGAGAGGACGGUGCAGGGGGUACAUGUCAAGGAUAGAGGGAAUGUUUCUAUGCCUAUGGAUAUGGUUAAACUCCUCAAGACACAAGAUGAGGGUUAUGUUCGGACAAUGAGAGCCAACGGAAUCAAGAAAAUUGAGAGGAUCAAGAGCCAACUUACUGCAUUGGCUAAUCUCAUCGCCCCGCAGGAUGAUAACAUAGAGGAUGACGGCGAGGACGCGUUGGACGAAACCGACCUGGACACACUCCGAGAAGCAGGUGUUAUACCCCCAGAAACAAAACGGCGUCUACCCCCACGUCAUAUUAUCUUUGCUGGGAAUGAGACGGAAGCAAAACAGUUAUCUCAGCAGCGAUCUUUAAACCAAGUCAAAACCACGACCGAAGUGGAUGUCGAACGGGCUGAAGUUGACCUCGGCUGGAAGACUAUGGAAAGUGCAUCUUCUCGACGGAGACGGAAAAACAAAACUUCAGCAGGUGCAUCAACGGAUAUUGUUGAGGAGACUGAAGAAAUACGGCAACUUAAUGUGCAAAACCGGAAGCGCCUCCUAAAAGAACUCGCUGCCCGACUAAAACGCGACACUCAAUUACGGUAUACACAGCGUGAACUAGAGAUGCAAAGACUUUUGGCAGGCAAAGGAGGUCGGCGAAAGCUGCGUGGCGUUGAAGAAGUGGGAGCUGAGAACAACGAUGAAGAUGAGGAUGAAAUAGACAACACGGUAGCUGCCAAGGCAAGCAAAGCGGAUGAAAAGACUUACAAACCUCGGGUAUAUAAGUGGCGUAUAGAAAGAAAACGAUAG